UUGGCUGACGUGACAGUUCCGCUGUGCGCCGCAUCAUGUAUUAGUAGGGAGGAGAGUGUGAUGUUGGCAACCGGAGGUCGGACUCGGUGUGAGAGAGAUUCCGGUGGGGAUCCUAAAGGGCAAUGUUCUGCAUUUGCCUCCAUGUGGUCAGCAUCCCAUUGUGCUAAGAGUCUCUUUUCUGGAUCAUCAUGAAGUUGAAGCAGAGGGUUGUGGUCCUUGCCCUGCUGCUGGUUAUUCUAGUUCUCACAAAACUUCUCCUGCUGGACCGCCUGGAAACGUCAGCUGCCCAAAGGCAGGACCAGCUGUCUUUCCAGAGAAUGAUGUCGAGCUUGAAGCUCACUCUGGACUCCCGGCUAGAGCACACACUCCAAUCCCCAUGGGAGAUUGCAUCACAGUGGGUUGUCCCGCGUGAAGUCUAUCCGGAGGACACUCCAGAAAUGGGAGCAGUUCUUCAUGCUAUGGCUACAAAGAAAAUUGUAAGAGCUGAUGUAGGAUACAAAGGCACGCAGCUUAAAGCUUUGCUGGUUCUUGAUGGUGGACAAAAGGUGGUUUUCAAACCCAAGAGAUAUAGCCGUGAUUACAUUGUGGAAGGAGAACCGUAUGCUGGUUACGAUCGUCAUAACGCAGAGGUGGCCGCCUUUCACCUAGACAGGAUCCUUGGUUUCCGACGGGCCCCACUUGUCGUUGGAAGGUUCGUGAAUCUCAUUACUGAGAUUAAGCCUGUAGCUACUGAGCAGCUUCUGAGCACCUUUCUAAAGCAAGGGAAUAAUUCCUGCUUUUACGGGAAAUGUUACUACUGCCGGGAGACCGAGCCAGCCUGUGCUGACCGAGAGACAAUGGAAGGUUCGGUAACUCUCUGGCUCCCAGAUGUCUGGCCACUACAGAAACAUAGGCAUCCAUGGGGAAGGACCUAUCGUGAGGGAAAGCUAGCAAGGUGGGAAUAUGACGAAAGUUACUGUGAUGCUGUGAAAAAGACUUCCCCCUAUGAUUCAGGACCACGGCUUCUGGAUAUCAUUGACACUGCCAUCUUUGACUACCUUAUUGGUAAUGCAGAUCGGCAUCACUACGAGAGCUUCCAGGAUGAUGAGGGAGCCAGCAUGCUCAUACUGCUGGACAAUGCCAAAAGUUUCGGGAAUCCAUCUUUGGAUGAGCGCAGUAUCUUGGCCCCUCUGUACCAGUGCUGCAUUAUUCGUGUUUCCACCUGGAACCGACUCACUCACUUGAAACAUGGCUCCUUGCGAUCAGCACUACUCUCCGCUACUGCUCAUGAUCCUAUUUAUCCUGUCCUGUCUGAAGCUCAUCUAGAAGCCCUAGAACGCCGGCUUCAGGGAAUUCUGGGAACUGUUCAGCAAUGCAUAGACCAGUUUGGCAAUGAUGUGGUUAUGGUGGAGGACAGGAUGACCCUUUCUCAUUUGUAAUACUGUCCAUUUGAAACUACAGUGAUUGGUUGAAAACAAGACACCAUCAUUGGUGUUUGGUUAUUUUUCUUUUUUUCUUUUGUUUUUGUUUUUACAAGCCACCAAACAAAUCAAUGUGUAAACAGCACAGAGCAACCUACAGUUCCUAAACCUUAGACCCUACUGACUGCAACCCUGGAAUAACAUGGGUCUCACAGGAAAGCUGUUGGACUCAGACUUCUUGCAGCCGCUGUCCGGUCUGAAUUGCAUGAACCUGCACAAUGAUGAUAUCUAAUGAACAAGGCAGAUUUGACAAGCCAUUGAUGGAGCACAGUUUGUCGAAAUUUGUUGGCGAAGACAGUCUUCUUCUUUUUAAGGAUCUCCUCUUUUUACUAUGCGGGUGUUGGUUUACAACCAUAAAGUUAGCUAAUUAGCUAAAUUUCCAGUAGGUGGCGCUGGUCACCUUGAACAGCACUUUGUGGUACGUGUUAAGAGCUCUUUUCAUUUUUAAUAGGUUCACUACCUCAGUGACCUUGGCUAGUUCUGAUAAAUUAUUAGACCUCUAAUUUAUGAACUAAUCUAAAACAAAAAAAAAUGGCAUUAAGGGAUUUAUUUGGGCCAUUGUUUCCCCCCUUUUCGUCCAUCAGUGGAAUCUCUAGAGCAUUACACUAUGAACCCUCUCAGUGCCUGGGAGCCCUGGGACAAUUAGAUGCACUGUGUGCCAUCCACUCCCUCCUGCCUCUCGUGUUUAUAUCGCUUUGCCAGUGUGCAAAUCAUGUGUUCCUUUUGGCCACAUGCACAUUGACUUUUGUUUUAUGGUUACAAUCAUUUUGUCUCGUCACAUGUUGAUUUGUCCUUUGCUUCUUCAAUAUGGACAAUGGAGAAACCUAAAAAGCCAGACACAGAGCAAACCAUUCAACAGAAAUCUUUCAGAAAUCCAUGUAGACUUUUUAACUUAAUUUUAAAUUUAAUGUGUAAUAAUGCCAACCUGUCAGAUGUGAAGUUAAUGAUUGUCUCAAGAAUUUCUAUUUUUUUAAUUUCCUUGCGAAAAGCAUUUAUUAAUUGAAAACUAAAUUGCAAAAUGUAGUCCAAAAUUGCUGACUUGCAAAAAUGAUCCACGCCAACUCGAGUCACAGUUUGGCUAUGUUAGCCUGCAUAUUUCAAUUUACUUUUCAAUUCACUGUUUAGUGAACACAUCCCAAUUUUUUUUCCCAUUAUAAUUACCAUAUUUAAAGGGACACUCCAACACCUGGAUAGGUUUGUGAGUUUACCUUGGCUAACAUGCAAGCUGGAAAGGGUCCAGUUGAUGCAUAAAAUUGACUUAGAUUUUCAGGAAAGCUUGCUAAAGGCAUUAGAAAUUCCCAGGUACAUUUGCAGUAACUCCAUAAGCAUGGGUACUGGUCCGUGCACAUGCUCAUUGUUCUAGUGCUCUUGUCUAAAAGCUUUCUACUUUAAAAUGUAGUAUGUCAGAGAUAUCAUGAACAUUGCAUGCAUGUGAGCUCUCCGUCCUGCUCCCAUUAAAUUGUAUGGAAGACACAGAUUACACGAAAAGCCUGUCAGACACUUCCUUAUUGCUACAAUAUGAGAAUAGAACAUUCAAAGCGGAAUUGUGAAAAUUAUAGUAUUUUUGUUUUGCUAAUGCAUUGAAAUUUUUAUUAAUCACCCUUAAUCAUU